AUGAAGGGAGAAAAGAAUCACGAUGAGUCUAUUGAUUAUAAGAAGAACGAAACAAUAAAUCAAUUAAAAUAUUCAACAGAUUCCAAAAGAAAAUCAGAAGAAAACAUUGUCGAAGACACGCAAUAUUAUUCCACAGAAAAUCUCCACGAUUUCAACGAUAUCGUCGAUUCAUUGUCAAAUAUUAAUCUAUGCUCAGAUACAAGAUCAAGUCAGGAUGUUAUGUCAGUACCAUGGUCAGAAAAAACAUCAAAAUCACAUUCGUUUGAUGAUUCAAACAUAUCCGAUUCUGAACUCCGAUACAAUAGCUCAGGGUACAAUACCAACUCGAACGAAAACGACCGUACAUACAGCAUAGUGUCAUCAUCGCUACCAGAUACAGUCUCCAGUGAUCAUUUAAACUCUGAGGACAACCAAAAGAAUAUCCAAAGUUCUCCACCACUGUCUGACUGGAAGCCGUCAUGUACAGAGUCGAUGAUUUCUAGCCCAAACACGUCAAGUCCAAGCAAAUUCUCAUGUGACUCAUAUUACCGUCAAUCCCCUUCACCAUCAGAUCCAAACCAUUAUAUGAACUUGAAAUUACAGAUGGGAUCUUUAAUGACAGGGACAGCACAAAAUUUUGAUAUAUUCACACCAGAUACAACCUCAGAUGCUAACCACAUAUUGUAUUCUCCUAACGAUUCUAUAUACAAAACAGCAAGUACAUAUGAUGACUAUGAAUCGAAAUAUAUUAAAGAAGUAUACCAAUUAAAUAACCAAGCUAAUGAUGAAAAUAAUGGCCUAGAAGUUAAAUCAACGUCACAUUUGUUCAACGACGAAGACCACUCGUGCUCAUCAAACGGAAAUAAUUCAUAUGACUCGAAGGAGAAUGGAAGCUGCGGACAAUACGAAGUAAACAUGAGUGAAAGCGAGGACUCAAAUAGCUAUGUUCCAGGAGGAUAUCACCCAGUGAUGAUUGGAGAGAUUUAUAACAACAGAUACAAAAUUGAAGCAAAGUUAGGAUGGGGGUAUUUUAGCACUGUUUGGCUAGCAUCAGACUUGUCCUCAGAACCGGAUACAUUUGUAGCACUCAAGUUCCAGAGAAGCGCAAAGAUGUACACCGACGCAGUUCUCGAUGAGAUCGACCUCCUUAACACGGUGAUUAACGGAAAGAACAGUAACGAGUGGGUGAGCACCAGCUCAGUGUACAACAAACUACUGGGCAAAAAUUACAACCCGUCAAACGGAGUGGUCUCGUAUCUAGACAACUUCAUGGUCACAGGGCCGAAUGGGAUGCACAUUUGCGUUGUUUUUGAAGUCAUGGGACCAAAUAUUUUGACUCUGAUAAAGCUCUAUAAGUUCCAGGGUAUACCCAUAAAACUGGUCAAAAAAAUCGCUACACACGUUCUAUUGGGUUUGGAUUACUUGCACAGAGUUUGCAAAAUCAUACAUACGGACAUCAAGCCAGAAAACAUACUGAUCACAUCUCCGCUUAAUUUAUAUAAGCACUCGUUAGAAAAUAACCACAGCCCAGUGAAUCAAAACAAGAACUCAAAUGAUGUUAAAAACUCUUUCAAUUAUUCAGUAGAGAAGAAGGUAAUGAACAAUUGUAAACAAGAGGAAAACGGAGUAGGAAACGAAAAUGAUUUGUGCUAUAUAAAAAAUCUAAUUAGACCAUGCUACAGUGAUCCCACCCUGACAACUAGUUAUGACCAUAACUACGCAUUACAAGAAACACUUCUCAGGAGACCAUAUCACCAUAUAACGUGGAACAUGAUGAAAACAGUUGACAGAAGCCUUAAUAAAUCAUACUACCACCCAUCGGUUCUGUCGUCGAUUGGAGUUAACCCGUUUGGAGUAAGAAGGACCAGGAUUAGAACGUCUAACGGAUUUGUUCAAAUCAAACCUCAUACACUAGAACAGUUUCAUGAUCCACAAACGAUAUAUAAAAUAUGUGACCUUGGUAAUGCAUGUUGGACUGAUAAACAUUUUACUGAGGAGAUCCAAACAAGACAAUACAGAUCACCAGAAGCUAUACUUAAUAUAGGUUACAAUCAUCUGGCGGAUAUCUGGUCACUGGCCUGCGUUAUAUUCGAACUCAUCACAGGAGAUUACCUCUUUGACCCAAAUGGCAAAGAAGCACUACAGCGAGACUCAAAUCACUUAUUACUGAUUGUGGAAUUGCUAGGACAGAUACCAAAUUACAUGAUACAAAACAGUAAAAAGGCAAAGAAUUUGUCGUUCAACCAAAUCAACAAGAUCAAGAGGUGGCCUUUGGAGUCAGUUCUGAUCAAAAAGUAUAACAUGGACAAGAAUGAAGCCUCAGAACUGGCAAACUUCCUCUCAUGCAUGCUCAGAAUUAACCCAUCGGAAAGACACACAGCUCAACAACUCCUAUCACACAAGUGGCUCAAAGAUUAA